AUGUUCGUCGAAGACACAGAAGCCGAAAAUGAAAUGAAUGUUUCGGAAAUAUCACCACGUUCCAUUCUACGUCCUUCAUUUUCGAUUCCGAAUGCUAAACAACACGAUGAAGGAUGUUCGUCUACUAAACCGCAUUCAAUUAACCGACAAGCUAGUCGAAUAUCGAUACAUGAUUCCAGUGUGUUUAACUCUAUGUUCUUGAAUUUGCGUUCGUCGGUUCAUAGCAAUAGAUUAGUUAAGCAGUUGAGAGAACGAUAUGCCAAUGACAAUGUCGAAGAUGAGAAUCUUCAGCAACCGCAGCUUGUCUGCGAAGAAAAACAAACAGAUGCGAUAUUUCAAAUCUAUUUCAAACGAAAAAGUAAAAAGAAUACUUCACCAACAGGAUCAUCGAUUACUCUCCACCAAUCGUCCGAUGAUGCGAUCGAACAGAAUAACUCGAGAAAUACUAAUCACGGUGAACUUUUGUACUCAACGGUUAAAAUUUAUCAAUUAAAAGCUGGCACACUCGACAAAAUUGUGGAAUGUUUAACGAAUAAACAUGGCGAUCUCGAUACAAUCCAUAUGCACACCCUAUUUGCUACCUAUCGGACUUAUACAAACACACGAACGUUAAUAGAAACGAUCCUAGUUCGUUAUCGAACAGUAGCUCCUGCUUCUUUAGAUAUGACCGAAGAUGUUCGACAAGAAACCCUUAAGAGUCUUUCCGCUGCUUUAAUCUGCUUAUUAACUACCUAUAAAGAAGAUUUCUAUGAUCCUCCCAACUUCACUAUAUUAAACUAUCUGCUUCAAAAUGUUCCUGAUAAUAACGAUCAGAUAGAAAAUCAAUGUCAAAAUCUAUUAUAUCAAUUUCAGCGCGAAGGCAAAAAUGCUCUCCGAUCUGAAUCAGAUCUUUUUUCAUUGUCACAUAAUGUUGACAAUAACAAUAAUCAUGAUCAUCAAUCAAAAUUAGUGUUUACUGAUGAAUAUUUAUAUAGUCAAAGAAAUGUCGAUUCCGAUGCAAGAAAGAAUUUUCUCGACAUGUCGAAUAUUCGAAUAGCAGAACAACUGACAAUUGUCGAUGCAGAGUUAUUAAAACGUGUUUUGCCGUAUGAAUGUUUGACAUUAGGAAAGAAUAGUAUCUCUCGAGGUGGAUUAACAUCGAAGCGUUCACUAUCCACUGUGGAUAAAACGAUUGAGCAUUUCAAUGCUGUGACCUAUCGAGUUGUUGCGACGAUACUGAAAGAAAAUAAUGAACAAAUACGUGCACGUGUUAUGGAAAAAUGGAUCGAUAUUGCCUUUGAAUGUCGUCAGUUGAGAAAUUUCUCCUCAUUGACAGCGAUUUUGAAUGGUCUCCAAUCGGGAUGUAUCUACCGUUUGAUCACUGCAUGGACUUAUGUUGAUCUUGAACAUCGUUCGGUACUAACGGAAUUGAAGAAUAUUUUUGGUAGUUGUAGUGAAGGUAAAGGACAAGCACGUGCCAUUCUCGACAAGCAACUAGAUGAAAUUCGUCUGACUCUACCAGAAUGCACUGUGGAAACAGUGAAGAAUGCGGAUAUGACAAGAGCAGCGAGUGCAAUACUGGAAAGGAAAUUUCGCUCGAAAAGACCGCGUGAACAUCAUAAUACAACGAUUGGUACCAUACCGUAUCUUGGAUUGUACUUUUCCGAUUUGACGUACAUUGAUUCUGGCCGGUCAAAUUAUAUUAAUAUUGAUGAAAAGGAUGAAUCGUCACAGAGAUUAAUCAAUUUUGAGAAACAUCGAAAGGAAUUUGAGAUUCUAGCUCAAAUCAAAUUGUUUCAAUCAGCUGUUGAUGCUUAUGCAACGCUACAACGUAUACCAUCUUUUCAGCAAUGGUUUAACAAUAUUCAAAUUCAUAGCGAGAGUGAAAAUUGGCAACGUUCUUAUGCGAUCGAACCCAAAGAAUCCCAUGAUACUGUUGACAAUCAACAACAGAAACGACUACAAGAUCAAUCCUCACCUUCAAAUCGAUCACAACCACUUAAAGCAUUUAUGUCACAAGUUUCACUGGAAUCAUUACUAACAAAUAGUCAGCCUAUACCCGAUAUCACCAUCCCAUUCGAUAGUAUAUCAAUAUCGACGACUUCCUUAGAUAAAAUGAGCGUCACAUCGAACCAUUCAUUUCCACAGCGACAACAAUCAACAAAUACCAGUGAAAAAAGAAGCUAUUCACAUCAUUGUCGUUCAUCAUCCGCUUCGAGUCAUGGUAGUUCCAGUCAGAGUUUCAUAAGUGCACAAGGAUCACCAACCAACAGCGUAGCAAACUGUAUUGUCAAUCCAGUCGAAACGAACACAUUGAUUGCGAAAGUUCAAAUGGUCGGCAGAGAUGAUCUUCUAUACAAAAAAGUUCGAAUCAAUGAUAAUGAACGUAUGCCCAAUGUAUUGAAAGCCAUUCUGGAAAAGUUCGGUCUUGAUUCAUCAGCUUACGAACGGUAUUGUAUCGAGCAACAACUACCCGAUCGAAAAAUCAUUUUAAUGGAUAAUUGUAAUGUAUUCUAUGCUCUCGUUCGCAAAUCACCCGAUGAACAAGUCGACUUAAUUGUACGAGAAAAAACUCGAUCCGAAUACGAUCAAAGCAAACCUCGCUUUCACCCGACGACAGGUCACACUCGAACGCCGAGUGGCCUAAUCAAAGACGAUCGCAUAAUCGUUCAAAGCAUACAUGUCGAAAGCCGACGCACACCAAUACAAAUAUAA